GAGAGAAACGAUUGUUUUGAAGGUUUUUUCAAUUUUUGAUUUGUCUGUUCAUUUGUUUGCUAUUAUAUUCAUUCAUUUUUGUGUCGCAAGUGCUUCGAAGAUCAGUUUCGCCUCUGUGUCAGAAUAUGCUACCUUAGUAGAGAUAUUCGCUUGAGGUGCUCUGAAAGCUGUAUUUCCGUAUUUUACCAUGAUACUCAUCCAGGACAAUCAAUUUGGUUGAUCACUCGAGCAGUGGACAUCGGCAGUAAUUUGCGUUUUAGAGAUUGCAUUGAAUUGCGUGGUUUUUGGGGCCAAACUGAUCUCUUGGUGGGACGAACGCGAAAAUCACAAGUAAAUUAGAUCUACGAAGUCUACCUACUGUCUGAAAAUGAAAACAAACAUUUUCUGCUAUUCUAUGUCAUUCAUUGCCAGUAUGGGAAGUAUUCGAUUUUACCCACAGCAAAGAUAUUAGAGCGAGAGCUGUUUAGCAAUUAUCGGAGAUUUGUGAAGCCAAGGGUAGAUCAGAGCAAGCCAGUGGUCGUGGUAUAUUCCUCUAAUGUGUACCAAAUACUUGGAGUUGAAGCAGACACGCAGCGGGUCAAGCUAAAUUUAUGGAUGCUACUUCUGUGGAGAGAUGAGUUUUUGAGUUGGAAUAGCAGUAAUUAUGGAGGCCUCCAAGAAAUAUCAGUGAACCCUGCGCGGAUGUGGAUGCCGGAUAUCCUAGUUGCAAACAGACAAGAUGACGAGCCUCUGAUUCAGAAGACCAAUCAGAUUCUGGCGGCAGUGAGUUAUAAGGGCCAUGUAUCGUAUCUUCGUCCGAUGGUUGUGACUGUGCAGUGUGACAUGGACACUAGACACUUUCCUUGGGACCGGCAGCAGUGCAACCUCAUAGUGGCAUCCUGGACCAACUUUGAGGACGAUGUCAAACUCGAGAAACAAAAAGGACCAGAUGACGAUUUGAUAAGAAGGAGUGAGCACCACGAGUGGACCCUGGAGCCACAAACGCCCAUCUUCAGGUCACUGGAAGUGUACGACUACGUGGAGCAACAGUGGCGAAAGAAGAGCUUCAUCCAGCACCAGAUCAACUUCCACAGGAAGCCCGGUUUCUACGUUAUAGUGAUCGUGAUUCCGACUGUGGUAAUCAGUGUGAUCUGCAUGUUUGUGUUUCUAAUACCAAAUGGCUCCACUGAGAAGAUCGCCUACAGCAUGAGUAUGAUGCUGACUCUCUACGUGAAUCUGCUGACUGUGGCCAACCGCAUUCCGAACAACAGUAACAAAUAUCCCUACAUUGGAGUGUACUAUCUAGUCUGUAUAUUCCUUAUUGCCACGUCUCUUUUACAGUCGACCCUUGCUCUGACGAUGCACUUCAAGAGUGUGGAAUCUACCAGGGCCCCCAUGUGGCUGAGGAAGAGAGUACAGUGUGUGGCAUUUGUGGCCGCCAGAGUGGCCUUUGUGAAACACCUUAUGCCCCUGGAUCUUGUAUACUUCAUGGACGCACAGGACGUAUUCAAACCACUGCAUCCCAAAUGGGAACUGAAAAGAGAGGAGGAUGCGAAUAGAAACAAGUUGAAUAGUCUGGAAAAAUCGAUUAAAAGGACUUUUUUGCAGUUCGACUCACUCCGCUAUGGUCUGGACAAGUCCUGCUAUAAGAAGCGCAAGCACAUUCAAGUUGUAGCCGAGUGGCAACUGAUCGCAAAACUCAUAGACUUCGUACUCGGCAUCUUUUACAUAACUGCUACAUUGUUCAUUAAUGCAUUCAUUAUUCUGAAAGUGUCCAGAUGCUUAUAGAAAUAUAUAUUAUUUCAUAAAAAUAAUUUUCAACAAGGUUUAGUUAAUGCCAAAUUUUUGGCUAUAUCAGUGACAUUGAGCCACUUAAGCGGUUAAAAAACGGUGCUUCAGUUAUUUAGGUUUGCUGACAUGGUUAUUACAAAUUAUUGAUUUCCGACGUCAAAAUGAACAGUGUUAGGUUAAAUCUUUCCGUCAGAUUCUUAGAUUGAAAAUCAUAUUGCCAACGGUUUGGCAUUAAUUAUAAAUUGUUCAAACUGUUGAUCAAAGUGAACUUAAAGUACCGAGAACUGUUAAUGAUAAGUUUAGCUGAGGUUCAAUCAGCUAGAAUAUCGCAUUGCAUCAGCAUUUAUUAAGAGUCGGUGAAUGUAGUUAAAAUGCUUAUUUAGGUCGUGGUGAUUUUUUUUUUCAUUUGUUAAGAAAAUUUUUUUAAAUGCUAUAAUAUUUUAAAUAAACACAUUAAAUGCUGUUAUAUUUCAUAGAAUUGUAUUCAUACAUUAAUAUUUUUAUGGAUGCU